GAACGAAUGUCAGUCAAGAGCAGAACGUUGCUCGAGAAGCAAGCGAACUUUUUGCGCUCUUAGUGGUUGUGGAAUCUUGUGUUGACAAGUAGAUUAAAAGUUAAAGAUCUUAUGUGCAGAUAAAGUUGAUUUAUUUCUUCAAUAACUCUGAUUUCUGAGCUAUCAACGUCUUUAAUUUUCAACAUUAGUAACACUUAGUAACCAUACAGGAAAAAAUGCGAUCAAAGCUCUCCUUAGAACAGUUGAAUGCACUAUCACCUGCGGAAUUUCACAAACUAUUCGAAAAUGUCGUAGAGUCUUGGUCGGAAGCAGCAAUUUUUUGCUCUGCAAUGGCACCAUUCAAAAGCUUCGACUCAAUGAUUACAAUUUUCGAAAACUAUCUGCAACGAUUGAGCAGUGAAAACAAGCUGCGCAUUCUUCGGCUCCAUCCCGAUCUAGCGGGCAAAUUGCUCGAUACACACCAACUCACCGAAGAAUCUAGCUACGAGCAAACAUGCGCCGGACUGGACAAAUUGUCUGCGAACGACAAGGAUCGGUUAACUAAGCUGAAUGAGAAAUAUAAGGAGAAAUUCGGAUUUCCCUUCGUUGUCUGCGUACGUGAAGCAUCCAAAUUUGAAGCCAUACUGAAAGGUAUUACUGAGAGAAUUAACAACAGUCCGGAUAUGGAACUUGAGAUUGGCAUAAAUGAAGUGAAGAAGAUCUGUAGGUUGAGAAUCUUGCAGUUGGUUAAUAAUUUGUGAUUGUGAAAAUAUACGCUCUGUUGCCAAAAUCGAUAAAAUAAUA